AUGGUCCGCUUUCGUUCUGUUAUUUCGCUCCUCGCAUCAGUGUCUUGGGGCACGGCGCAGCUGGUAUCGACUGGGUUUUCGGUGUCUUACAACGACGUCGAUUAUUACGUCUCACCCUACGCCUCGGGAACUAUCCCAGUCAGCGCAUCUCGCCUCAAGUCACUGAGCAGUGUCCAUGGCUUCCUCCCCGUGGCGAUCGUCUCCGAAUCGGUUGCCGAGUCCGACCUCACGGCACUCGUUUCCAACUGGACGGCGACGGACGAUGUCUUCCAGCCCGCUUUCCUGCAAGCAGUGUUUCUCGCCGGUGCAGGGGCUUCGUAUAGCCAACGAACCACUAUUGCGGGCAACGUGACUUCACAAGUCAUGGGCCUGAAUGCCACGUCCACCAUUCCGUCAGGUCCGUACUUCAUGGAGAAGUCCACCGGUGACCUAUACCCCGUCUACCGGUUGUACAAUGACUUCGCCGGCGCAUUCACCGAAUCCUUGCUGGCAAAGCCCGACGGAGCGUUCCAGUCUCUGUCGGCGCAAAUUUCGACCUCGGCAACCCUGACGAUCGGCGUGCCGUCCCGACUGUACUACACGCCGACGGCAGAGAAACCGCUCGCGGGUGUGCGCAUCGCUGUCAAGGACAUUUUCUCCCUAGCGGGUGUCAAGAAGUCCAACGGGAAUAGGGCGUGGUUCAACCUGUACCCGGCUAGCAACGUGACAGGACCGGCCAUCUCGCGACUGAUCAAGGCUGGUGCCGUUAUUGUCGGCACGCAGAAGCUGUCCCAGUUUGCAAACGGUGAGGAGGCUACUGCGGACUGGGUAGAUUACCAUUCGCCAUUCAACCCGCGUGGGGACGGCUACCAAGAUCCUUCAUCGUCCAGCUCCGGUGCGGGUGCUUCCAUUGCGUCUUAUGAAUGGCUGGACGUGGCGGUGGGGAGUGACACUGGUGGCAGUAUCCGAUCACCGUCGCAAGCUCAAGGAAUAUUCGGCAACCGGCCCUCGCACGGCUUGGUCAGUCUGGACGAUGUCAUGCCGCUGUGCACACAUUUGGACACAGCUGGGUUUCUGCUCCGGGACCCGACACUGUGGGACAAGCUGGAGGCAGUCAUGUACGCAGGGAACUAUACCUCUCUUGCCGACAAGUCACCGAAGUAUCCCACCAAAAUCUUGACCGUCUCCUUCCCUAACUCGAGCACCGAAGCCGGCGCAAUCCUAAACAGCUUCGCCGCCUCCCUCGCAUCCUUCGUGGGGGGUUCCGUCGAACCCCUCGACCUGAUCUCCAAGUGGUCCUCGACCCUCCCCUCGGGAGUGCCACCCAACACUGGCCUCCUUGACCUCCUCGCUUACACCUACCCCACCCUCAUCGGCCUGGAGCAAGUCAAACUAGUCAAAACCCCCUUUUUCGCCGACUACGCCGCCGCCCACGACGGCCGAACCCCCUUUGUCGAUCCCGCGCCCUUAACCCGCUGGGCCUGGGCAUCCAGUUUUCCCUCCUCAGCCCUCGACGACGCCAUCGCCAACAAAACCUUCUUCAUGGACUGGUUCAACACCGCCAUCUUGAGCCCCGUUCCGGACCAGUGCUCCUCAGCCCUGCUCCUCUACUCGGGCAGCAUGGGGGACCAAAAUCCGCGGAACCAGUACUUUGACCCGCCGAGCGUCCCGCUGGGGUUUAGUGAAGGGAGAUUGAGUGUCUUCUCCGAGUGUCCGGACUCGGUGUUCCCGCUGGGUCAGGUGGCGGCGUUUAGUGAGGUGACGAACCAUGAGGAAUUUUUCCCGGUUUCGGUGGAUAUCAUGGCAGCGAAGGGUUGUGACGGAUUGCUAGCAAGGUUAGCUGUAGAUUUGGUUGAGAGGGGAUUGCUGAAGGUUCCGAAGGUAGGGAGCACGAUGUUGGGAGGGGAUAUUUUGAUGAGGAGUUGUUCCGUUAACCACUCGUAUAGUGUUGACCAUGACAAAAAUACACUCAUCCCUUUGAAUCCCAAUCAUCUCACUGAGGGUAUCCUGGUGGGACCCCCUGAUGCUGCUGCUGCCCAGGCACCACAUUACCCGCAACCGGAGCCGGCGACUGCACCCCGCCGCCAUAUUGCUGCGGCUGCCCCAUGGCAUACUGCGGCGAAGGGACAGUCGAUCUGGGCAGUUAAAGCCCCGAGUGCAUUCAGUGGUGUGGGUGCGAACAUGACUUGUCCGCCGACCCCCGUCAUGCCGUUGGGUACACCGUAG